UAUUAACAACAGAAAAACUGAUCAGACAUAUGAACUUUCCCGAAGAGGUUAGUUGUUGGGCGAGCAUUUUUCCUUUAUAAAUAGACUGAGUGCAUAGUGGACCACGGCAAAAAAUAACCAGAUCUCAAACCCUGCAAAUCAAAUAAGAAAAUCCUGGUGAAUCAAUGACGCCUUGCCGGAGAAUUCAUUUGGAUUUUCCCCUGGCAUGUCCGGAGCUAUGGUUUUGGCUUCUGCGCCGGAGCCUCCUCCUCCCAGCAUACAAAAAUGGCCAGUUGCUGCCGCGGCCAAUCGGACCGAGAAGAAGGGAUGUUAAGUCGUGCGCGCAUGGAACCAACCCCGUGAUCCCAUAUCGCGUCGGUAGCUCUGUACCAGACGUAGCGCUGCCUCCUCUUCCAUCGCGCGCCACCAGCGGGAGGAGCCAUGCCCAGCGACGCCGCCCUCUCGCCGGCGCCGACCGGCAGGAACAACGGCGGCAAGAUGCAGAAGCUGCUAAAGUCGGCCUUCAAGCGCGGCGACUCCCCGGCCCAGGCGGCCGGGGAGGAGCCGGAGCUCAGCCCGUCCGCGUCCAGGGGUUCUGGCUCGGGCAGCGGGCGGACGUCGUCGGGGAGGCGUGUCGCCCGAGGCGACGACGUCGGCGACCGGUCCAGCCGCGAGAGCAUCGAGCUCGACGCUGAAGGUUCCAAGAACGACAAGAUGCUGGCGGCGCUGCGGGACUGGAAGAUCGCGUCGGCGUACGAGACGUUCCCGUGGGAGAAGAAGAUGAAGGAGCUGCUGCCGGUGCCGGAGUCGAGCCGGUUCCUGUCGCUGCUGCUGCUGCCCAAGGCCACGGACGGCACCCACACCCGCUACAACACGCUCGACGACACCCUCGCCCGCGCCGACGCCUGGCUCGCCUCGUCCCGCGCCUCCGGCGUCCCCGUCGAGCUCGCCAGCGUCCAGACGGAGGCGCUGCUCACCAAGAUCUCCGGCGAGACGGCGGUGUCCACGGUGAACAUGGGGUCCCUGUCCGACCUGGCCAACAUGUCCAACGUCAGCCUGUACGGGUUCGAGGACUACCACGGCGUGGACAUCGGCGUGGUGCGCGCGGUGCGGCUGUGGUACGCGCCGUCGGGCCCCGGCGGCGAGAUGGCGGUGGAGAUCGCGCUGCGGCAGGGGGACACCAGGCUCGGCUUCGCCAUCAGCCGGACCGAGGAGGGGUUCAUCUACGUGUCGUCGGUGGCGGACGAGAGCACGCCGGGCGUGGCGUCGACGCGGUCGGGGCUGCUCGAGCUGCACCGGGCGGCGAGGCGGGCGGGCAGGCUGCUGGUGGUGUCGAGGGUGGGAGGGGAGAAGGUGCUGCCGUGGAUGGUCUCCACCGCCGGCGACGUCAGGUGCUACGACACCGUGUCGCUGAGCCAGAAGCUUUCGCUGCACCGCCACGCGCUCCGCCCCAUCACGCUGCACUUCCUCACGUGGGACGAGGGCGCCCUCGCCCUGCCCCCGCCGCCGGCGCCGCCGCUGCUCAUGCUGUCGUCCGAAGGCGACGACGAGGAGAUCGAUGGCGACGGGCCGGAGAUCGCGGCCGGCAAGGGGGGCAAGGGCUCGUCCUUUAGGUUCCAGAACAUCGGACUCCCGGAUAGCUGGCUGUGAAUGAAUCCAUGGAUUCAGAGCGGACCUGCCGGCUAUACGUCAGUCAGUCGCGUAAUACUGACAGUGCAUCUCGUUUUCUCUACUUCUAAUACAUGAGUUGGUUGAAUAGUCCCAGUUUAUUUUCAUCUGGUUUAUUUUUGUCUCAUCUCCCACCACCCCUUCCAUGCUAAAACCGAAUCGCGUCUGAUACUCUUUCCAUUUAUUCGUAAUGUAUUUAUGUGAAAAAAUCAA